AUGACGGAUCAGUCGCCAAAAGUGGGUAAAAAAAUUAAAUCGGGUAAGUCCGGCAAGAACAAAUCGAGUAAGUCUGGCAAGAGCGGUUUCAAACAAUUACAGUCGACAGCUUCUACGAGAUUGAGCGACAGUAAAACCAAGAAAAUGAUGUCGAAAACCCGCAAAGAGGUAUCAACGAAAGUGGAUCGAUGUGAACUGCCAACUGCUGAUUCAUCAAUUGAUUCAAAACGACGGAAAAUUGACGACGGAGAAACAUCACCAAAGAAAAAGAAACGAGGAAUUGGUUCAGCGACAGCGCGGGUAUCGUCAUUAUCAUCAAAACCAACGACCUCAACGCAGAAAACAUUGGCCAGUGAUAUGAGUGAAACGCAAACAAGCGAAGUUGCUGAUGGACAGAUCAAAGAAACGAUGAUGUUGUUCGAUUCAGAGGAUAAAACAGAUGAGAGUGAUGAAGAGGAAGGUAGUGAUUCGGCUGAAUUUGAAGCAGUUGAUUUGAAUCAUUUAGAAGGAAGUGAGAGUGAUAGUGAUGAUGAUGAUGAUUUUUCGUCGGAUCAAGACACUCUUCCAGUUGAGAGAAAGGCAAUGAAGCUUGAGCGAAAAGCCGUUCAAACUAAGAAACUAGCUGACGAGGAGGAAUUGCAAUUGAACUUAACGAAUGUGGAUUCAUAUAAACUGCCAUCAAUUGAAGAUGUUGAGAGAGAACUGAAAGAAGCACCAAAUCUACAGAUCAUCAAACAACGUAUAACUGAUGUGAUUCAAGUAUUAGGUGAUUUCAAGAAAAGACGCCAGCAAGAUCGGAGUCGAGAGGAAUAUAUGACCAUAUUGUUAAAAGAUUUGUGCAAGUAUUACGGUUACAACGAUUAUCUGAUGGGAAAGUUUAUGAAUUUAUUUCCCAAUGGUUCUGAGUUGAUGGAAUUUCUGGACGCAAACGACCAGCCACGUCCGGUAACAAUACGUACGAACUCAUUGAAAACACGUCGUGGUCAACUGGCUAAAAUGUUGAUUAAUCGUGGAAUGAAUGUUGAUCCAGCAGCCAAGUGGACCAAAGUUGGUUUGGUCGUCUACGAUUCGCAAGUUCCUGUCGGAGCAACACCGGAGUAUCUUGCUGGUCAUUACAUGAUUCAAGGAAUGAGUUCAUUUCUACCAGUGAUGGCACUUUCACCACAGCCAAAUGAAUUAGUGUUGGAUAUGUGUGCCGCACCUGGUGGUAAAACAUCGCAUAUUGCUGCACUUAUGAAAAAUACUGGUGUUGUUUUUGCGAAUGAUUUAGACAUGCCACGAUGUCGUGCAGUGAUCGGGAACUUGCAUCGAUUAGGCGUGAACAAUUGUGUUGUUAGUAAUGUGGACGCCAAAGAAUACGCUAAAAUAAUGGCUCAGGGAUUUGAUCGAGUGCUUUUGGAUGCACCAUGCUCGGGUACAGGUGUCAUAUGGAAAGACGAGUCUGUAAAGAUGCGUCGUGACAGUCAAGAUGUUCAACGAAGACAUACCCUUCAGAGACAACUGAUAUUGGCUGCUAUUGAUGCGAUUAAUGCGAAGUCAUCAACUGGUGGUUAUUUGGUUUAUUCAACAUGCUCUGUUUUGGUUGAAGAAAACGAAGCUGUUGUCGACUAUGCUUUGAGAAAGCGUGAUUGCAAACUUGUUUCAACUGGUUUGGAAAUCGGUGUUGAAGGAUUCACAAAGUAUCGCGAAUAUCGGUUUCAUCCGUCAUUGAAUCUGACUCGACGUUAUUAUCCACACGUUCACAAUAUCGAUGGGUUCUUUGUUGCAAAAAUCAAAAAGCUUUCAAACGAGAAGCAUGCAAAGAAUGACCAAAAAGGAGAUAUUGAUCUCAAUGAAGUGGAUGAAAGCGCAAUGGAGGUGGAAGAGAAAGGUGUUAAGCGCGGUAAGAAGAAUAAUCGAAGACAUUCCAAUACAAAUGAUGAUGAGAUGGAUUAUGAAGAAGAUUCAGAUCUUCAAGCACUUCUGAACCGUACGUAUGUUUUGCAAUUCCGUUCAGAAUUCAUUCCAAGAUUGCACUUAUUCAAUGCUGCACAACAAGUAAUACGACGAGUGAUCAUCAUAACGAUUAAGAUGACAAUACUGGGCGUGACAAAGCAACAGUCUGAUAACGCCCCGGGCGACCUUGAUGGCGUUGAGCGUUUCACGCCAUGGGUGCCCAUCGAUGAUUUUCAAAGUGGUUUCGAUUACUGA